AGGGAAUUCCCGUGCCGCGACUUUUCAGCCUCGCCUCAGCCCCAUCGAAAUCUACCACGCUAGGCUAGGGCGGUUGGGGAAGCGCGGCGCACCCAACCUUGGCUCGCUGAGCUCUGGUUGGCCUGUGCACAUCGGGCAGGCUGAAGCUCAAGUGCGCGUUUCCGCAACCUACAGAGAAGCUCACUGUCUAACCAGAACGCAAGCAAACGGCAAAGGCUUACCAACUCUCACCAUCACCAACAAAAUCCACAAUCUUCUAGUUGAUUCACAAUAAGCUCUCACGAUGGAGGUCUUGCUAGGUAUCACGGGCAGGGACUUUACCUUGAUUGCGGCGUCGAAGGCUGCGAUGCGAGGAGCUACCAUCUUGAAGGCAUCCGACGACAAGACAAGGCAGCUCAACAAGCACACCUUGAUGGCAUUCAUGGGCGAGGCAGGAGAUACGGUGCAAUUCGCCGAGUACAUUCAAGCCAACGCCCAGCUCUACUCGAUGCGGAACGAGACGGACCUGUCGCCCUCGGCCCUCGCUCACUUCGUCCGCGGCGAGCUCGCGUCCAGCCUGCGGUCGCGGAAGCCGUACAACGUCAACCUCUUGCUAGGAGGCGUUGACCCCAUCACCCACAAGCCGAGCCUUUACUGGCUGGACUAUCUCGCUGCGUUGGCCCCGUUGCCUUACGCAGCCCACGGAUACGCACAAUACUACUGUCUUUCUAUUCUGGACAAACACCACCAUCCAGACAUAUCCCUUGAGCAGGGUAUCAAGCUUCUCACACUGUGCAUAGAUGAGCUCAAGAGAAGGUUACCCGUGGAUUUCAAGGGCAUGGUUGUGAAGGCGGUCACAAAGGACGGAAUCGUGGAUAUCGAGUUUGAUGACGACAAGGUGGUGAAGAGUGCCUAAGGGGGUAGACCCAGUAUCUGCAAUAGAUACAUGUAUAAGUAUUUAGUACGUGGCGAUGCGUUCAUACAUUUCGGGAGUUCAAGGGGGCAUUCGUGGACAG